AUGGAGGACGAGCAGCCCGACAGCUUGGAGGGCUGGGUGCCGGUCCGCGAGGACCUCUUCGCCGUGCCCGAGCGGCACCAGCUGCGCUUCCUCGUGGCCUGGAACGACGCGGAGGGCAAGUUCGCGGUGACCUGUCACGACCGCACGGCGCAGCGGCGGCGGCGGCGCGAGGGGAGCCGGCCCGAGCCCGAGCCCGCCGCGUCCCCCCCCAGCUGGUCGGGCCUGCUGUCGGCCGCCGGGCUCCGCGGCGCGCACCGGCAGCUGGCGGCGCUGUGGCCGCCGCUGGAGCUCGGACGCCUAACCGACUGCGCCACCCAGGUUCUUCAGGAGCAUGAUAAAGCCCACACCAUGGUGGCAUUAAUGAAAGUCUAUCGAGAGGAAGAUGAAGCUUACCAGGAAUUAGUUACGGUGGCAACCAUGUUCUUCCAGUAUUUGCUGCAGCCGUUUAGGGAUAUGAGAGAAGUUGCAACCUUAUGUAAGCUUGACAUUUUGAAAUCCUUGAAUGAGGAUGAUCUGGGUCCUAAAAGGAUAGUGGCCUUGCAGAAGGAAGCCAAAGAAUGGAGCAGAAGGGCUGAAGAAGCUGUCGUCUCUAUUCAGGACAUCACAGUGAAUUAUUUUAAAGAAACAGUAAAAGCGUUAGCAGGAAUGCAGAAACAAAUGGAACAGGAUGAGAAGAGGUUUGGCCAAGCUGCCUGGGCCACGGCAGCUCCCAGGUUAGAAAAACUCAAGUUGAUGUUGGCCCAAGAGACCCUGCAGCUCAUGAGGGCCAAGGAGUUGUGUUUAAAUCACAAAAGAGCCGAAAUUCAGGGAAAGAUGGAAGAUCUUCCAGAACAAGAAAAAAAUACAGACGUUGUUGAUGAAUUAGAAAUACAAUAUUAUGAAGUCCAAUUAGAACUGUAUGAGGUUAAAUUCGAGAUAUUAAAAUAUGAAGAAAUACUGCUUAUUACACAGUUGGACUCAAUUAAAAGGCUUAUAAGAGAUAAAGAGGGGGAAGUUGUCUAUUACGACCCAUGUGAGAGUGCAGAGGAACUUGAGGCCGUGGCUUGUGUGGCGGGGCUGCCUGGCGACGAGGACCUGGAGGCGGCAGAGCUGAGGCGGCAGCACCAGCGCCUGGAGCGCAAGCGGGGCAGGAUCUGCGCCCGGAGGGCCUGUCUCAGGAACAGACGGGAUCAGUGCAAAGAGAAUCAUCGGCUCCGACUACAACUGGCUGCACAAAGUAUGAAACACUUUCAUCAGCAUCACAGUAUCCAGAUGAAAAGAGACAAGAUAAGAGAAGAGGAGCAAAAGAAAAAAGAAUGGAUAAACCAGGAACGCAAGAAGACACUCCAACGAUUGAGAGCAUUUAAAGAGAGGUGCCCGGGCGGGUCUGCAGCGACAUCGCCGUGCUCGGGGGCUGCGGCCCUGCACCUGCCAGCUGGGCUCGCCCCUCAGACGGCUGCGUCCCCAGGGGAGACACCUGACGGCAGCGAUGCGAAAAUCCGUGAGGAUCGGGACUGUUCUGGAAAUACCGACCAGAGCUCUGUUCCAGCUGGUGACCAAACACGCUCCAAAUCCAGUGAGGAACUGUCGCCGCCGCCACCGCCACCACCACCACCGCCACCGCCGCCCCUCCCUGGUCCGUACGCAGAUCGCCAGAACUCGGCCCUGAGGACUCCGGGGACAGAGGAGCCGCCCCCUGCGGGGCGAACCGCCUGCCGUGAGAGCGCGCCACUGCGCAGCCGUAGCCGGUCCCCGAGGCCCAGGAUCUAUGGACGAAGUGCUGGCCUCCUUAAGGAGCCGCAGGACCCCUCUGCAGAGAACGGAGGUGACCGCCUCGCCCCCUCCCCGCACCUCGUUCAAUGAGCAACUUCUGGCUGCCAUAAGGCAGGGGGUCAAACUGAGGAAAGUUCACUCCGGCCUCGACCUGAGCCCCAGCAGCAAACCAACCAGUGA